AUGGUCUCUUUCGCAGCGCCCCUAAGCGCCAUGCUGCCGCCACCAGUCCCGACGCCAAAACGACCAUCCAUGAGUCUGAAGCGAGACAGCUCAUACCUAGACACCGACGACGAAGCGGGACUGUCCGUCACCACGAAAAAGCUGAAGGUUGCCUUUGACGACCAUGUCGAUGUGCGAAUUCUGGACGACUGGAACGACAAGAGCAUGGACCUGGUGAGAGAAGAGGUCAAGGCCGGCAUAGAACAUCAUCUGGCGCCCGGCGAUCAACAAAACGAUACACAAUAUGCCAAACUCCUGCAGACGCUUGGGCAGGAUGGUUUCGCGGGGGAUGCGCCGAGCCCGAGGCUGCUGAAGAAGUACAUCAUUGGCAUCACCGAGCGGAUACCGUUGCUGGGCGAGUGUGGGAAGCUUGUCACCGCAGUCCUGGAUUUGUCGUGGAUUGGCCGUGAUGAGGAGUUCGUUGCGAUAUACACCAGAUUCCUUGUUAUGCUCGCCAGCACACACUCCAAGUUUGUGGGCACCAUGAUGGACCGCCUUGUCGCACACUUCGAGAGCCUGCCAUCAUCGACCGGAAAGUUCCCAGGCGAGGAUCCCGUCCCCAGAUCUACCAUGUUCUCCAGAAUACACUCGACCAUCCGCAGGCUUCACGAUGCCAGCCCAGCUUCUAGCAAGAAGCUGAUGUCCAUGUUGCGUCACUCGUUUCCGACCGACCUCUCUUCGACCAAAGGAUAUCUGCAGUACCAAAAACACCUUCUGCGACUUUCGGACGAAGUGCCGGAGCUCAAGGCCGAAAUCAUUGCAGAGAUUGUGCAAAAGCUUGUCAACAUUGAUGUGUCCAUUCAGGAUGAUUUGGAGGAUCUGGAUGACGAUGAAGAGGAGAGCUUGCUGCAAGGUCCGCAGUCUCGUCAUCUGAACGACGACGACGAUGCCGACGACGAUAGCGACAUCGACUCGAUCUCUGAAUCAGAGUUGACAACAACCGAAGAAGAACAAAAGCUGAAGGAUCUGCGGCUCAAAGUGGCCAAGAUGGACGGCACGCAAGAUCUGCUCUUCGAAUACUACGAGCCUUCGUUCAGGGCAGACGUGUCGCCUCGUCACAAUGACGCUUUCCAGGAGCUUCUUGCGCAAUUUGAGAGCUUCAUUAUGCGCGCUCGCUCGAGGCAUGCGCAGUUCCUCCUCUUCCACUUCGCACAGAUUUCGCCGGCGUACGCCAACGCCUUUGUCGACUACCUACUCAAAUUGACUAUUGGCAAUGGCCAGCAGAACAUCCGACUCACUGCGUGCGCAUACCUCGCAAGCUUCACUGCACGUGGAUCACACCUCAACAGCGACAUCGUCCAAGAUGUGGUAGGAACGCUCUGCCGCUUGUUGGAAGAGAUGCGUCGUCGAUACGAGCCAAGUUCGACAGGACCGGACCGAAAGUCCUUCAGCGUGUACUACGCUGUUGCGCAGGCCCUUCUUUACAUCUUCUGCUUCAGAUGGCGGGACUUGGUCGUACACACCGCCGCAGCUGACUCCGAUACCGAGGACAUGCUCGAGGAAGAUGUGCUGGCAGAGGGACGGGACCUUGUCUGGAUGAGUGGCCUCAAGGAGACACUGACCUUGAACAUUCAUUCUCGUCUGAAUCCACUGAAGGUCGCUUCAUCCGCCAUCGUCGGUGAAUUCGCCAAGAUCGCGAACCAUCUGCGGUUCCUCUACGUAUUCUCGAUACUGGAGCGCAACAAGCGCAUCAGACUCGGCAACGUUAUCUCCUACCGAUCUGGUGGCGUUGACAUUGGUCGAAGAGAGACCGCCAUGGACCGCAAGACCGGCGACGAGCAUCAUCAACUCGAAGCAUAUUUUCCAUUCGAUCCUUACCACCUACCACAAAGCAAGAGAUGGCUCGAAGGCGAGUACAACGAAUGGGUCUUACCGCGAGGUAUGAAGCGAGAUGAGGAAGAUGAGGAAGACAGUGAUCAAGAGGAGGACUAUGAAAGCGAUGAGGAUGACAUACCCGAAGACUUGACGGGACAGCCACUUGGCAUGCACGCAGCAGAUGCUAUUUCAGUAAGCGAUUGA